CCGAUGUCGCGAUGGACAGCGAGGAAUAAAACCCGGCAGGAUCCUGGGCAGAGCUGGCAGGGAGAGAAGGGAAACCCGCGACCGCAUCUUCCGGAGCCAUCUGCGAGCCCGCGGAGAGAAGGAACUGCUGGGCUGAAAUAAUCCGAUGCUUUAGCCAGGCAGCGCCGCAUCCCCGCGCUCCGGCCCCGCCAUGGGCACCGGGAUGUGCUCCAGGCGGCAGAAGGGGCUGCUGCAGAUCGCCUUCUGCCUGCUCACCCUGGCCUGCCUGGCCUCCGGAGUUUUCCUCUACAACCACUUGCAGCAGAAGGUGCGGAACGCCGAGGCGCUGGCGCAGAAAUACAAGCAGCAGCAGGAAGCGCUGUCAGCGCAGCUCCAAGUGGUGUACGAGCACCGGUCCCGGCUGGAGCGAUCCCUGCAGAAGGAGCGAGGGGAGCACAAGAAGACAAAGGAAGAUUUUUUAGUGUACAAGUUAGAAGCUCAGGAAGCUCUCAACAAGGAGAAGCAAGACUCCAUGAACAGAUAUGGGGCCCUCAGUUCCCAGCACAAGAUCCUGAAGAACCAGCACGAUGAUGUCAAGAAGCAGCUGCUGGACCUGCAGCUGCAGCACAACAGCCUGAAACUGGAGCACCGUAAAAGCCUGGAGAGCCACAGCCAAAAACUCAGCCAGCUGCAGCACGACAGGGACAGCGAGGUCACCAACCUGCAGGACACAGUGUUCAAACUCAGAGAAGAGAGCAAGCUGCUCAGGAAAGCCCACCAGGAGGUUCACUCCCAGCUCCUCAAUGCCCAGGCCCAGAUGGAAGAGUUCAGGCAGCUCAAGGAAGCUCUGCAGAAGAUGCCAGGCUUGAGAGGAGGAGGAGGAGGAGGAGGAGGAGGAGCUGGGAAGGGGCAGCAGCCCCUGGUGCCAGCCAGCAGCCAGCUGCAGCCAGGGAGGCAGAAGGUUUUCCAGCAGAACCCUCCGGCUCUGCCCUCGGCCGUGCCCGGCGCUCAGCACCUGCCAGGACUGGCAUCCUCCAGCCACGCUGGCCCCAGGCCACAGCCACAGGUGCCCUUCAGCCAGCCAGCCCCAGCCCAGGAUGGCAACUCCCUGCCAGAGGCUGUGCCAGCCUGGCCAGCGGGGCACGGCCCUGGGCACGUGGCCAGGUUCACCCGCACCAUGAACAGCCUGCCCAGCCCAGAUGUGAAGAUGGUGAUGCACAUCCAGGUGAGGAGCCACGAGGAAAGCCAAGCUCCUGGGCUGUCCCUGGCUGAGCCAGGACAAGCCUCUCCAGCAGAAAAUCCUCCAGUGCCACAAAACUCCCCCUCAGCAGGGAACAGACAGGUGCAAAUGCAAAGCUGGAAGGAUCUUGUCAGCAAAGUCAAUGCCCAGAUGGAUGAAGAACAAGCCCGUGGCUACCCCAGGAGCCUCCAGUUUGGCCCCAAGGCUGGGCAGAGGGGCAGCCCCCAGCCCCCCAGCCCGAGGAGAGGGGCAGAGCAGGCAGCAGACAGGGAGAGGGAGGAUGAGGAGGAGCUGGAGAUGGAUGCAGGAGUGAUCAACAGGGAGGACAAGGAGCACUCACAGAAAGCCCCCGUGGUCCAGGAGCCCAUGAUGCCAGAUGAUGCUGCAGAUCCUGCCCAGGACCCCAAUAACCAAGGUGAGGAUGAGUUUGAGGAGGCUGAGCUGGAGAGGCCUGACUUUGAGGAGAAGGUGGGAGGCUCAGAGAAGUUCAAGGAGCCCAGCGUUAAAGAAGAGCCAAAGGAGAAGCCACCAAAGGAUGCUGGCAGACCUGCCAAGCCCAGGGAAGACCCACUGGAGGAUUACCAAGAAGAUCAGGAGCAAGAAAUUGAGGAUCAUGGAGGGGAGGUGGAUGACAACGAUGACCUGGAGCUUGUCCAGGAGCAGAAGGACCGUGCAGGGAUGAGGGGAGCUGGUGGCAAGAAGGAUGAUUACUUCUGAGAGCUGCUGAAGGAAAACGGGACACUGCAGGAAAACGAGGGGAUGGGAACUCCUCCUGGCAGCUGGCUCCUGAAUUCAACAGUGCCCAGAACAAAGGCAGGAGGAGGGAACUCCCUGCAGGCCCUUGCAGAGCAGAAUUCCUUCUUGGUGUGGGGCCACUGCUGCCUCCUGGGCCACUGGGAGAUCUCUCAGACUGGGAAUGAUCUUAUCCUGCUGCUUUUCUUAGAAGCACUUUUUGAUUUACUGUGUUCUUCGCCCUCUUGUUUUUCACAUCCCCUUUUCAAAGCUGGAGAGGGGUUUUUUGGUUGGUUUUAGGGGGUGUUUUUUACCCCCCUGGGGUGCCUGAGCUGGUCCCUGGACUCACUCGACUGAUCUCUAAUACAAAGGAAUCUGUCUUCAUAAA